CGGGGUCGUUUGCAUGACAGUCCUCUUCCUUUGGCCAAUGGUGCAUGCAGCGGCAUCUCUUCAAGAGGACUGCCGUUCCAGCUUUACUCGCCUUCUGCGCUCGGAGCUGGCAAUCUGCGCUGGUUUUGCCUCGGCGAGCGAGCCACAUAGCUAUGGCAGCUGAAAGCAUUCCCAGAGGAACCCCGUUGAACCUCGAGGCCAAACACGUCUCUGUGUUGAGCUACAAUUUGUUGGCGCCGGCCUUUGUCCGACCCAUUGACCUGCGAACUGGAGCUGUUCAAAGCUAUGCAGCGUUCGAGUGGGUCUCGGAGGAGGAUUUGAUCUGGGAGAACCGCCAAAAGAAGCUCCUGGAACAGUUGCGGAGGUGGUCUGCAGAUGUCGUCUGCCUUCAAGAAGUUCAAUUCGACACAGAAGAGAACGGUUCGUUCAGCUUGCCAGCGUGGCUCAAGAAUCUUGAUGGCUACGCUGCUUGUUUACCUGGUGACAAGUAUUUGACACAGAUGGCCGAAAGAAACGAAAGGGUCCUGGCCAAUCGUGUUGCAAUCGGAUGCGCCGUGCUUUUCCGAAGUGAUCGUUUGGUCCAAAGAGAGGAAACUGCACGUAGUGACCCAAACAGGCUGGUGUCAGCCUGUUUGGAGGGACACCCUGAAUCUGGUAUACGACACCUAGGCCGAACCGCCUUUUUCUCGGUCCACUUAGACGCUCAAAGCGAGGAGGAGAGAGUAGAGCAACUGCGGAAGUGUUUGGAGAAAGCUCGAGCGCUUGGUACCCGCGAUGCGGUGUUCGCUGGUGACAUGAACGCUGAGUGUUUCCCCGGUUCUUGCGUCAGAGCCAUCAUUUCCCCUGAGGUGCCAUCUGCAGAGGAAAUGGCGCGACAAUGUGCAGCAGCACUGCGUAUUGCUGGGACAGACGAUGCUGAGGAGCAAACAGAGACCAAAGAAAGCACCGAGAGUGCCGAGCCAACAGCACAGCAAUUGGAACAGUGGAAGGUGCUUUGGGACAAAGCAGCCCAAGCGCCCAAAGAAUAUCGUAUGUGCUUGCAAAGAGUGCCUACAGGGCCUACGCGCUCCGCUUAUGACCAUGGGAUGUCAGAAGGGCCUUGUGUGACCUGGAGCUUGGAUCACAUUUUCUAUAGUCCACGCACCUUGAAGCUCCUUUCGCGCUGGACAGCUUUAGAGGCAGAUCCUGAGUCCUCUGCCAGCGGGCUGCCAAAUGCCGAGAAUCCCAGCGACCACUUGCCCGUGGCAGCUCUUUUCGAGGUGUUCCCAACUCCAUGUCUUGAAGGCUCUAGCAGGCAGAGCCUUCUGGAGCGUCUUGAAAAGUUGGAAGAGCAGCAACACCGAGAGAUGGCAGAACUAGAGGAGCAGCUGAAAGCCCUGGAGCCAAUUGAGACAGAGUCGCAGGGACCGAAAGGCAAAAAGAAAGAUUCCCCAGAGAUGAUUGCCUUCAAACAGGAAAAACGGCGGAAGACCAAGGAGCUGAAGGCCCUACAAAUGGUCCAGCGGAAAGACUUCUGGGGCAACCUUUCUGACCUUGAGCUGGAUCUUGUCGAGGAGAGUUGUGGUUCAACGUGGAUAGAGACCGGUGUGCGAGGCGAACAAAAAGUUGCUGUGUAGAUGCAGGAG